GAAAAGGACUGGGUUUGACUGAUUGAAGUGAAGCUGAAAUGGAAGGUGAUUUAUUUUCUGGCAUAGGCAAUGGAACCCAAGUAGAUGGCAAGGUUUUGCAAACAGUUCAAAAGAGCUUUAUGCAAGUUCAGGAUAUUCUAGACCAAAACAGGUUGCUAAUCAAUGAAAUAAACCAAAAUCAUGAAUCAAAGGUUCCUGAUAACUUGACUCGAAAUGUGGGUUUGAUUAGAGAGCUAAACAAUAACAUUAGAAGGGUGGUUGAUCUCUAUGCAGAUCUUUCAACUAAUUUCACCAGGUCAAUGGAAGUUAUAUCAGAAGGGGAAUCAAGUGGGAUUUUGAAAUCCAAUGGAAAGGGAAAUCAGAAGAGAAUUAGAUCCGGGUAAUUGAUCCAGCCAAGCUUUCAUACAAAUUCUGAACUUUCUUCAUGGUAGAAUAAGAAUAGUAUUUAGAUAUUGAAGGAAAAAGAACGCGAUAAGCUUUCUUGACAAGUGUUGUGUUUGAGGCUUUAAGCUUUCAGUAUAAUUUUCCACCAUAUCCAUUUUUGAAUAACAUUUAACAGAUUUAUGAUUUUAAGUUUGUAUAACUGUAUCAUCUUGUUUAUCAAAUUUGCUUCCACUACUACAUUUUCUA